AUGGCCCGCGUCUACGCAGAUGUCAACUCCAACAUGCCCCGCAGCUACUGGGACUACGACAGUGUCAACAUCAGCUGGGGUGUUUUGGAGAACUACGAAGUCGUCCGCAAGAUUGGCCGCGGAAAGUACUCGGAAGUUUUCGAGGGCAUCAACAUUGUCAACUACCAGAAAUGCGUCAUCAAGGUCCUGAAGCCCGUUAAGAAGAAGAAGAUUAAGCGAGAAAUCAAGAUCCUUCAGAAUCUUGCUGGCGGCCCCAACGUCGUCGCGCUGCUCGAUGUCGUUCGGGAUUCUCAGAGCAAGACGCCCUCCCUAAUCUUCGAAUACGUCAACAACACCGACUUCCGCAACCUAUACCCCAAAUUCAACGACUUGGAUGUCCGCUACUAUAUCCUUGAGCUUCUCAAAGCCUUGGACUUCUGUCACAGCAAAGGCAUCAUGCACCGCGAUGUCAAGCCACACAAUGUCAUGAUUGAUCAUGAGAACCGCAAGCUCCGUCUCAUCGAUUGGGGUCUGGCCGAGUUCUACCACCCUGCUACCGAAUACAACGUUAGAGUCGCAUCUCGCUACUUUAAGGGACCCGAAUUGCUCGUCGACUUCCAGGAAUACGACUACAGCCUUGACAUGUGGAGCCUCGGCGCCAUGUUUGCGUCCAUGAUUUUCCGCAAAGAGCCCUUCUUCCACGGCCAGAGCAAUACCGACCAGCUUGUUAAGAUUGCUAAGGUCCUUGGCACUGACGAGCUGUUUGAAUACCUCGACAAGUACGAGAUAGAGCUCGAUGCCCAGUACGACGACAUUCUCGGCCGCUUCCAGAAGAAGCCCUGGCACAGCUUCGUCACAUCGGAGAACCAGCGCUUCGUUUCUAACGAGGCCAUUGACUUCCUCGACAAGCUGCUGCGCUACGACCACCAAGAACGCCUCACCGCCAAGGAGGCUCAAGGCCACGCCUACUUUGACCCCGUUCGCGAUCCCGACGUCUUCAAGCACAACCUCGCCAACGCCAGCAACGGUGGGCCGUACAAGACCUCUUGA